AUGGGCACGGGGGAUUUUAUCUGCAUUUCCAUGACCGGAGGGGCGCCCUGGGGCUUCAGACUGCAAGGUGGCAAGGAGCAGAAGCAGCCCUUACAAGUUGCUAAGAUCCGAAGCCAGAGCAAAGCGUCUGGGUCUGGGCUCUGUGAGGGGGAUGAAGUGGUGUCAAUCAAUGGCAACCCUUGUGCAGACCUCACCUACCCCCAAGUCAUCAAGCUCAUGGAGAGCAUAACAGACUCUCUCCAAAUGCUCAUCAAAAGACCAUCCAAUGGAGUAAAUGAGACUUCCAUCUCUGAAACUGAAAACAAAAACCCUGAGCAUCUCACUCAUGAGCAGUGCGUGGAAAGUACCACUCUGCAGAUUCGACCAGCCGCAAAGAACCAGCACAGAGAGCUCUACGUUGCCUCAAUCAAAAGCGGAGUUCCUCUAGCUGAGGACCAAGGGAGUGGUCCUGGUUUUUCUGAGAGCAUAAAAGAAGAAACAGGCCUGAGCUACCAUGUGGCUCCCUACACUCCCGAUUCACAAAGAGGACACUUAGCAGAGGAGAUUAUCUUAAGGGAGAAGGCAGAAGUUGGGCAGACAGGCCCUGUGGUUGAGUUACAACUGUCCCUUUCACAAGACAGACACAAGGGUACACAUGUCCCCGUGGUGGCUCUCCUGGGAGCUGAAAAGUCUAAGUCUCCUGACCCAGAUCCUCAUUCACAACACGACGGGAUUGUCCACAUAAAUUCGGUCCCCACAAAUGAGAAAGGGGAGCCUUCCCUGAGGUCCAGCAAGAUAAUCCAGAUCUCCAGUGGCAAAGAGUUAAAAGUGAUCCAGGGAAGUGAAGCAGGAGACAAGGGGCUGCCCCGAGUGGAAGUGAUACUCGACUGCCUGGACAGGCAGAAGACGGAAGGGUGCAGGCUUCAGGCAGGAAAGGGGUGUGUGGAUUCUCCAGUGGAAGGAGGGCAGUCCGAAGCACCUCCUUCUCUGGUAUCCUUUGCAGUCUCAUCAGAAGGCACAGAGCAGGGAGAAGAUCCACGCUUGGAAAGGGAUCACAGCAGACCUCACAAGCACAGAGCGCGCCACGCACGGCUCAGAAGGAGUGAAAGCCUAUCAGAAAAGCAGGUGAAAGAAGCAAAAUCUAAAUGCAAAAGCAUUGCCCUCCUUCUAACAGAUGCCCCCAACCCCAACUCCAAGGGGGUGUUGAUGUUUAAGAAGCGUCGUAGGCGGGCCAAGAAAUAUACCCUAGUCAGCUACGGCACUGGUGAGCUUGAGCGAGAGGCAGAGGAGGAGGAAGAAGGUGACAAAGAAGACGCCUGUGAAGUAGCAUUUCUGGGCACGAGUGAAUCAGAGGUGGAUGAAGAGUUAUUGUCUGACAUUGACGACAGCGCACAAGUUGUGAACUUUGACUGGGAUUCUGGACUAGUGGACAUCGAAAAGAAACUGAACAGAGGGGACAAGAUGGAGAUGUUGCCAGACACCACAGGCAAGGGUGCCCUCAUGUUUGCCAAGAGGAGGGAGCGAAUGGAUCAAAUCGAGGCCCAGAAAGAGGAGGAGAGGGUGAGUGGAGUGCCAAGCAGAGAACCAGAUGCUGCCCAGACAGACGGCCUGAGAACUCUGGCUUCUUACCAGAGGAAGGAAGAAGAGUCCGUGAAAGUGCAGAGCUCAGUGAGCAGAAGCUACAUAGAGGUGAGCCAUGGUCUUGGCCAGGGGCCCCAACAGAAUGGCUUCAGUGGGGUGUCCGAAGCAGCAGAGGCCCAGAGGAUGAUUCCUAUGAACAGAACAGCCAAACCCUUCCCAGGGUCUGUGAACCAGCCUGCAACCCCCUUCUCCCCAACCCGGAAUAUGACGAGCCCCAUUGCCGACUUCCCUGCACCGCCACCUUAUUCUGCAGUCACGCCUCCACCCGAGGGCUUCUGCAGAGCAGUGUCAAGUCCCAUAGCUGGCCCAGCACAGCCUCCUCCGUGGCCCCAGCCUGCCCCGUGGUCCCAGCCAGCCUUUUACGAUUCAUCUGAGCAAAUAGCUUCCCGGGAUGAAAGGAUCGCUGUGCCUGCCAAAAGAACCGGAAUAUUGCAGGAAGCCAAAAGGAGGAGCACGACAAAACCCAUGUUCACCUUUAAAGAGCCCAAAGUGAGCCCGAAUCCCGAACUCCUGUCACUUCUUCAAAAUUCGGAAGGCAAAAAGGGCGCUGGAGCUGGAGGCGAUUCCGGACCGGAAGAAGACUACCUCAGUUUAGGAGCAGAGGCUUGUAAUUUCAUGCAGAGCUCCUCGGCAAAACAAAAGACUCCACCUCCUGUGGCUCCCAAGCCUGCAGUCAAGUCCUCGUCCUCCCAGCCAGUAACUCCAGUUUCUCCCGUCUGGUCCCCAGGAAUGGCUCCAAGCCAACCUCCGGCCUUCCCCACGUGCAACCCGUCGCAGGGCACCGUAGUCUCCUCCAUCAAAAUAGCCCAGCCUUCCUGUGCUCCCGCCCGGCCUGCAAGUGCUCUGACCCUGGCUGGUCCCUUCAAAGGACCACAGGCAGCAGUGGCCAGUCCAAACUACACACCGAAGCCAACCGCUCCCACACCGACAGCAAACGCCGCUCAUGCUGGUACAGUGGGACCAUCCAAUGAGCUUCCAGGAAUGAGCGGGAAAGGAGCCCAGCUCUUUGCUAAAAGGCAGUCGAGGAUGGAGAAGUACGUGGUGGAUUCAGACACGGUGCAGGCCCACGCGGCUCGUGCCCAGUCUCCCACCCCUUCUCUACCCGCCGGGUGGAAGUACUCCUCCAAUGUCCGGGCACCUCCUCCUGUGGCCUACAAUCCUAUCCACUCCCCCUCCUACCCUCUGGCCGCUCUCAAGUCUCAGUCAUCAGCCCCACAGGCCUCCAAGACAAGCAAGAAAAAGGGCAAAAAACCCCUCAAUGCUUUGGACGUCAUGAAGCACCAACCCUAUCAGCUAAAUGCAUCCUUGUUUACUUUCCAACCUCCAGAUGCGAAGGAUGGCCUCCCCCAAAAGUCAUCCGUCAAGGUCAAUUCGGUGCCAGCCAUGAAGCAAGCCCUUCCUCCGCGGCCAGUGAAUGCUGCUGGCUCGCCCACAAAUGCGCAGGCCUCGUCCGUGUACUCGGUACCAGCAUAUAGCUCUCAGCCUCCCUUCUUUGCAGAGGCCACCUCGCCAGUCAGUGCGUCGCCAGUGCCCAUGGGCAUUCCCACCUCUCCAAAGCAAGGAUCAGCCUCUACAUCUUAUUUUGUGGCACCAAGGCCGAAGUUCUCCGCCAAGAAAAGUGGUGUCACAGUUCAGGUGUGGAAACCAUCUAUUGCGGAAGAGUAAUCUUGUAGCCGAAGCUGAGUGUCCACUUUGCUUGAAACAAGUUGUUUGCAGUGUUACUUGAGUCCCGGAGAAUGCCUAGCAAGUCCUCAACUUACUUAAUUUCAGAUGUCACUUCCCAAUCUGGGUCCAAGGAGCAUAAUAUUUUUAAUGAGUCAAAAAUCUAACUCAGAUUGACUUAAAACAUAAUUAUCUUCUUUGCACACUUAAAAUAUAUGGGAGCACCCCAAAUAGACAUGUGCCAUUAUAUUAAGUAAGCGGGAUACUUAGGAUUUAUGCUUUAGUCACGAGAAAGACAGUGCUCAGUGUUAUCAAACAUUGCACACAGCCUUUAUGUAGUGUAACAGCUGCACUCUUGUGGUGAAAAGGUGCAAAUGUAGUGAAAAUAUAACAUGUAUUGACUGAGAUUUCCUUUUUAAGUAGUGCUUUAUCUCUAUUACUAGGGUUAAGGGAUAAGAAAUUUACUGAGGACAGGGAUCAGCUCUGGUCUGUCAACCUCAGCCACCUGUUUGAUACUGCAGAGAAGAUACUUCUGGGGGUUGUUGAAAUGUAUAUAGUUUAGUAAGAAGAGUAAGAAAGAGGGUGUCAGUAAUUUCUGAGCACUUAUUUUGUAUUAGGUUCUUUGCCAGAUGUUUUACCUGUAUUAACUCAUUUCAGAAGACUUCUUUAAGGUAAAUGAGAUAGGGCAAGAGGGAAAAUUAUCCGUCGAGAUGGAUCUCCAUCUUCUCUUCCCAGUUUACUUAAGAAACUGAGUAUAUAUAUCUCCAAUUGCCCGUGAAAGUGUAAGUUUGUUUUCCUCAGCUGAGGCAAGUGAGAGAGUACAGUAUAGAGGAAUAUUGUCUAAAAGGGUGAACAGGCUGCAGAUAAAGAUACAUAUGACCCUUAUUUUCCCUUGGGAAAGCACGUAAUGGAAGCAUGAAAGGUUACUGACUACAGGGGCUGAUUGUGAAGCACGAGGAACCCCCUAUGUGUGGAGGCCGUAGGGUGAGAACACACAUGAUUAAUUUCUGAGUGACCUCACAGAUCAUUUUUCCUUGUGUUUGUUUUGCUUUCUGACUACUGCUUCUCCCACUGUUCCUUGCAAUUCUAUUCUCGCACCUUCACUUUGUUAUUUAUAUUUGAUGGACCAGGAGGAUUCAGGCAAGGUUACCUUGUAAAUUGGAUUGGUCACAGACCAUGCCGUCAUCCAGCUGGCUAUGAAGUUAAUAAUGUUACUGACAGUAAACCUGAAGACCUUUCUCAUGUCUAUUUUAAGUCCAAGUCUGACCAACCAUGGAAAAUAUUCAACAUGAAUUAAUGUAGAGAACCAUAAAGCAUUUUUGACAGCGUCAAGGAAAACCUACUCAAUACAGGAGAUCUGUUUAGAGACCUCUUAUAAAAACUUGCCUGGUGGAGGGUACAAGGUACCAUUUUAAUCCUCUGAAAAUAUCUGUAUUCCUGUUCUUUUACUGCUGUCACUGUCAAUCUGCUAUAUUUUUCACUAUCCUAUUAAAAUAUUACUUUCUUCUUUA